GCCCGCGCCCGCCGCCAUGUGACGGGAAGCAGCUGAUGGCCCCUCCGCGCGGCGGGCGCGGCGGCGGCUGCGGGGCCGGGGCUGGCGGGGCGGGGGCCGGCGCGGGCGGCGCGGGCGGCGCGGGGGCGGCAUGAGGGCCCGCGGCCCUGGGGGCUGAGGCGGCCGCCGCCUGCCGCGGGGGCCGCGCGCGUCCUCCAUGGAGGCCGGAGAAGAACCUCUGCUGCUGGCCGAACUCAAGCCCGGGCGCCCCCACCAGUUUGACUGGAAGUCGAGCUGUGAAACCUGGAGUGUCGCCUUCUCCCCCGAUGGCUCCUGGUUCGCUUGGUCUCAAGGACACUGCAUCGUCAAGCUGAUCCCCUGGCCCCUGGAGGAGCAGUUCAUCCCUAAAGGGUUUGAAGCCAAAAGUCGAAGUAGCAAAAAUGAGACCAAAGGGCGAGGCAGCCCAAAGGAGAAGACGCUGGACUGUGGGCAGAUUGUCUGGGGGUUGGCCUUCAGCCCAUGGCCGUCCCCCCCCAGCAGGAAGCUCUGGGCACGCCACCAUCCCCAAGUGCCAGAUGUCUCCUGCCUGAUCCUUGCUACGGGACUCAACGAUGGGCAGAUCAAGAUUUGGGAGGUACAGACAGGGCUCCUGCUUUUGAAUCUUUCUGGCCACCAAGAUGUCGUGAGAGAUCUGAGCUUCACACCCAGCGGCAGUUUGAUUUUGGUCUCUGCGUCACGGGAUAAGACUCUUCGAAUUUGGGACCUGAAUAAACAUGGUAAACAGAUUCAGGUGUUAUCGGGCCACCUGCAGUGGGUUUACUGCUGUUCCAUUUCCCCAGACUGUAGCAUGUUGUGCUCGGCAGCUGGAGAGAAGUCGGUCUUUCUGUGGAGCAUGCGGUCCUACACAUUAAUCCGAAAGCUAGAAGGCCACCAAAGCAGCGUUGUCUCUUGUGACUUCUCCCCCGACUCUGCCUUGCUUGUCACAGCUUCUUAUGACACCAAUGUGAUUAUGUGGGACCCCUACACUGGCGAAAGGCUGAGGUCACUCCGCCACACCCAGGUCGACCCUGGCAUGGACGACAGCGAUGUCCACAUUAGCUCACUAAGAUCCGUGUGCUUCUCUCCAGAAGGCUUGUACCUUGCGACAGUGGCAGAUGACAGACUCCUCAGGAUCUGGGCCCUGGAACUGAAAACUCCAAUUGCAUUUGCUCCUAUGACCAAUGGUCUUUGCUGCACAUUUUUUCCACAUGGUGGAGUUAUUGCCACAGGGACGAGAGAUGGCCAUGUCCAGUUCUGGACAGCUCCUAGGGUCCUAUCCUCACUGAAGCACUUAUGCCGGAAAGCCCUUCGAAGUUUCCUAACAACUUACCAAGUCCUAGCACUGCCAAUCCCCAAGAAGAUGAAAGAGUUCCUCACAUACAGGACUUUUUAAGCAACGCUACUUACCUUACGUGUUUUCUUUGUAGCAGGAUAAAUCUUCUUGGCAAAGGAGUAGCUGGAAUAAUGGCCCAAACAUCUGGUCUUGGGCUGAAAUAGCAUUUCUUUGGGAUUGUGAAUAGAAUGUAGCAAAACCAGAUUUCAGAGGACUAGUCAUGGAUCUUUCUCUCCAUGGCAUGUGACAGUUGGUCUUAGAGGCGAUUCCACUUCUGUGGUGACAGUCUUACCUUGAAUCUGUGGUCCAGUUAUGAACAGCAAGUGUUGAACUUUCUAGUCGUUUUGAUUCAAAGUGCAGUUAUUGAUGUUGUUUUGAUGAUAGAAGUAAGUAGGCCUCCAGAGCCUCUCCUAGGCGGCAGAGAGGGUCACAUUCCCUCAGCUGGGAAGCAUGACUUCUGCCUUGUACUAUCAUCCUUGUGUUGCCGAUGCAGUGGUAGCAUUGUUUAAAGUUCUCUCCUGCUACGGUCAGGGUUGCUCUCCUUCCUCUGGCUCCUUUCUGACCAGCAGGACAAAGUUUUCAUGGAACCAUGUGGUAUGAGGUAUUAGCUUAAUGAAAUUACAGGGGAAUCAGGCUGUGCUCCUGACUGAUCCAGACACUAUUACUGGCUUUUUUUUUUUUUAAUGGUGUGCAUGUGCAGAUGACCAGUUUGUAUGUCAGAUUAUACAGGAUGUAUUCCUAAACUGCAUGACUGUUCAGAUGGCUCCUGAGUGGUCAGUUGCCAUUUAUUAGCAUAUUUAUUUGUAUUUUCUCAACAGAUGUUAAGGUACAAUUGUGUUUUUCUUGAUAUCUAAAAACCAUAGUACUUAAAUUGAACAGUUGCGAAGAUGUGUCUUAACUGUGUAAAGAAUUGGUGUUGUCAUGAUUUAGCUGAUACUCCUGUGUACGAGAUCUGUCUUCGCUGCUUAACCUCAUUAGAUUAAUCAGCUGGUUUCAACUCUACCCGCCCCCCCGCCCCCAACAGAAAUAACUCCUUAAAAGUACUGUUCUCUUUCAGUGGCACGUAGUUAUCUAAUCAAGACACCUCAUUCAAGCAAAAUCUGCCUUAGGAAAAUUUAAUAUAUUUUAAAUUAUUUUAAAAGAAAUGCAACAUCUUAUUCUUUAGCUUUCUUAAUUGGUGCUUUAUGGAGGCCAGUGAAAUGUUAUAUGACUUGUUGAGAAAGUCGAGGAAUUUCCUCUACCACCUUUGUUGCUUGAAGAAAAACAUCUUUUCAAAAUGAGAGGCGUUCAUUGAAGGAAAAAAAACAGUUAAAACCUUUUGGCGCUCUGUUUCAUUUUUUCCAUUGAGAAAAAAAAAAUCCCUUUUAAAACAAGUAGUACAAUGGAAGAUCUGGGAAUGGAUUUAAAUUUAAAUGAAACUUUUAAAUUUCAUGAUUAUCUUGAAAUAUCACACACAGUGGAGUAUGAGAGGCUCUGGAUGGAUUGAGGCCCUGCUUGGCCAUUAGAUUUAAACUUUGCUGAUGUCCUUGGGUAAGAAGUCCUCCAGAAAUAAAGGAAAUAACUAACUUCUCCCUUUUGACAGUUUAAGAAUUUGACACCUUUAUAAAGAACAGUCUCUAAAGAAAGUUUAUUCUGUGAUAUUAGAGACAGAAGGUUUUAAUAUAAAUGGAUGUUGGACAAGUCGGCAUCUUUAUAACUGGCUAAGGGAAGAAGAGUAACACAGCCAGCAAGCAAGCUGCUUUACUUUCAUUGUAAAGAACUCUAACAUCAAUGCAGCAUAACUGCUGAGAAAUAAAUGUUACAUGUGUACAGAAGUCCCAGGCCUUUCAGCAGUUCUAGAUUUAGAGUCAGACUUACUCUCACAUGCCGUCCCUGGGUUAACCAAGUACGUGCUAUACAACCUUUGGCCCCCAAUGGCAUAAUUGAAAGCUAGGUCUCUAUUAUAUUUGAAAUUAAAGUUUUUUCCUACUUGGAACCUGCUGGUAACUGUUCUACUUCAAGAGAGGAAAUAAAGACCAGUUUUUAAAGUA